AUGGCAAGAAUCAUAAUUACACUCUCUCUUUUCUUCCUCUUCUCUCUGUUCUCUCAUCAAACCGUGUCUCAACCUAAACACAUUAUUACUUUCUGCAAUCCUAUCGAAAACUUUACACAUACCAGUUCAUACGAAGCAAACCGUGACACUUUACUCUCUUCACUCCGAGAAUCUUCCUCUCUCAGAACUUAUUCUAACGUCGGUCUUAGUCCUGACACAGUCCAUGGCAUGUUCCUCUGUAGAGGAGACACCACUGCAACAUCUUGCUCAGAGUGCGUUCAAACCGCAACAAUAGAGAUCGCUACAAACUGUAGUCUUAACAAAGAAGCGGUCAUAUACUAUGAAGAGUGUAUGGUUUGAUACUCCAAUGUUUCUUUCUUCUCUGAACUUGAGGUCAGACCAGGAAUCAUUCUUUACCUUCCCCGUUCUACUCCAAACUCAAAUAAGUUCAACCAAACACUCUUUGAUAAAUUCAACAAAUUGAUCUGCAACGUAUCUUCGUCUUCUUUGAUUCCAUAUUUUGUGACUCACUCAGAGGGUUCUUAUGUGUUAGAGUCGAUUCAGUGUAGCCCUGAUCUUGAUCUGUUAAACUGUACUGUUUGUCUCAGAUUUGCGUUCUUAAGAGUUUCAACUUGUUGCGGUUUACCAACUUCGGCUCUUGUCUUUACUCCAAAAUGUCUUUUGAGGUAUAAAACCUCUGUUUUGCCUUCUCCAACGUCGUCUCCGUCAUCUCCUCCGCCUCUAUCUCCGCCGCCUCUACCAUCCCGGCUCAAUUCGCCACCUCCAUCUUCAUCGCAAACACCUCAACCACCACCGCCGCCACUGCUUUUCACGCCGCCACAGAACGUUCCAAGUCUUAGUGGAUCGUUUUCUUUUAACGUUAUAAAAGGAAACGAAAUAUUUGGGAGAAUUGUUGUUACAAUGGCGGCUUUGGUGUUUGCAUUUGUGGAUUUGUGA